AGGCGGAGGGAGGAGGAGGAGGCCCCGCCGCGGCCUCCGCCGCCGCCGCCAACGGGGCUGUCCCUGUAGCUCCCGAUGGAGUUUGAGGUCGUGAAACCGCCGCCGAGCUCUGCCCCGGCGAGACGAGGCGCCUCCGUCGCCGAGCCGCGCCGUCGCGGGGCUCCCGGGAGCGGCCCUUAGCGACCCCGCCCGGGCCCCCUCAGCUUACAAAACACUACACAGCAAAAUAAUGAUCUACUAGACUGCUAACCCGAGCAUCCAGCUUCCACAAUGCCUGUGCAGGCAGCUCAAUGGACAGAAUUUCUGUCCUGUCCAAUCUGCUAUAAUGAAUUUGAUGAGAAUGUGCACAAACCCAUCAGUUUAGGUUGUUCACACACUGUUUGCAAGACCUGCUUGAAUAAACUUCACCGAAAAGCUUGUCCUUUUGACCAGACUGCCAUCAACACAGACAUUGAUGUGCUUCCUGUCAACUUUGCACUUCUCCAGUUAGUUGGAGCCCAGGUACCAGAUCAUCAGUCAAUAAAGUUAAGUAAUCUAGGUGAGAACAAACACUAUGAGGUUGCAAAGAAAUGCGUCGAGGAUUUGGCACUCUACUUAAAACCACUAAGUGGAGGUAAAGGUGUAGCUAGUUUGAACCAGAGUGCACUGAGCCGUCCAAUGCAAAGGAAACUGGUGACACUUGUAAACUGUCAACUGGUAGAGGAAGAAGGUCGUGUAAGAGCCAUGCGAGCAGCCCGUUCACUUGGAGAAAGAACUGUAACGGAACUAAUAUUACAGCACCAGAACCCUCAGCAAUUGUCUGCCAACUUAUGGGCUGCUGUCAGGGCUCGAGGAUGCCAGUUUCUAGGGCCAGGUAGGAUAGAACACUAUCUUGCCUUUUUUAUUGGCUGUCAGAGCUACAGGAUGCCAAUUUCUAGAGCUAUGCAAGAGGAGGCCUUGAAGCUGGUGUUGCUGGCAUUAGAAGAUGGUUCUGCUCUUUCAAGGAAAGUUCUGGUACUUUUUGUUGUGCAAAGACUAGAACCAAGAUUUCCUCAGGCAUCAAAAACAAGUAUUGGUCAUGUUGUGCAACUACUGUAUCGAGCUUCUUGUUUUAAGGUUACUAAAAGGGAUGAAGACUCUUCCCUGAUGCAGCUAAAGGAGGAAUUUCGGAGUUAUGAGGCAUUACGCAGAGAACAUGAUGCCCAAAUUGUUCAUAUUGCUAUGGAAGCAGGACUCCGUAUUUCACCUGAGCAGUGGUCCUCACUUCUGUAUGGUGACUUGGCGCAUAAAUCACACAUGCAGUCUAUCAUUGAUAAGCUGCAGUCUCCAGAAUCAUUUGCAAAGAGUGUCCAGGAAUUGACAAUUGUUUUGCAACGAACAGGUGACCCAGCUAACUUAAAUAGACUGAGACCUCAUUUAGAGCUUCUUGCAAACAUAGACCCUAAUCCAGAUGCUGUUUCACCAACUUGGGAGCAGCUAGAAAAUGCAAUGGUAGCUGUUAAAACAGUGGUUCAUGGCCUUGUGGACUUCAUACAAAAUUAUAGCAGAAAAGGCCAUGAGACACCUCAGCCUCAGCCAAACAGCAAAUAUAAGACUAGCAUGUGCCGAGAUCUGCGACAACAAGGGGGGUGUCCACGAGGAACAAACUGUACUUUUGCCCAUUCUCAGGAAGAGCUUGAAAAGUAUCGAUUAAGGAACAAAAAGAUCAAUGCAACUGUAAGAACGUUUCCUCUUCUAAAUAAAGUUGGUGUAAACAACACUGUCACAACCACAGCCGGAAAUGUCAUUUCUGUCAUAGGAAGUACUGAAACAACGGGGAAAAUUGUUCCGAGUACAAACGGAAUUUCAAAUGCAGAAAACAGUGUUUCCCAGCUAAUCCCACGUAGUACUGACAGUACAUUAAGAGCUCUGGAGACUGUGAAGAAAGUGGGGAAGGUUGGCACUAAUGGUCAGAAUGCUGCUGGGCCUUCUGCAGAGUCUGUAACUGAAAGUAAAAUUGGUUCUCCACCCAAGACUCCUGUAAGUAAUGUAGCGGCUACCUCAGCUGGGCCCUCUAAUGUUGGAACAGAGCUGAAUUCUGUGCCUCCAAAAUCCAGCCCGUUUAUAACUAGAGUACCAGUAUAUCCUCAGCAUUCUGAAAACAUUCAGUAUUUUCAAGAUCCAAGGACUCAGAUACCCUUUGAAGUCCCACAGUACCCACAGACAGGAUACUACCCACCACCUCCAACGGUACCAGCUGGCGUGGCUCCCUGUGUUCCUCGCUUUGUGAGGUCCAAUAAUGUUCCAGAGUCCUCCCUCCCACCUGCUUCCAUGCCAUAUGCCGAUCAUUACAGUACAUUUUCCCCUCGAGAUCGAAUGAAUUCUUCUCCUUACCAACCUCCUCCUCCGCAGCCGUAUGGACCAGUUCCUCCAGUACCUUCUGGAAUGUAUGCUCCUGUGUAUGACAGCAGGCGCAUCUGGCGCCCACCUAUGUACCAACGAGAUGACAUUAUUAGAAGCAAUUCUUUACCUCCAAUGGAUGUUAUGCACUCAUCUGUCUAUCAGACGUCUUUGCGAGAAAGAUAUAACUCAUUAGAUGGGUAUUAUUCAGUGGCUUGUCAGCCACCAAGUGAGCCAAGGACAACCGUGCCUUUACCAAGGGAACCUUGUGGUCAUUUGAAGACCAGUUGCGAGGAGCAGAUGAGAAGAAAGCCAGAGCAGUGGGCACAGUACCACACUCAGAAAGCACCUCUUGUCUCUUCAGCUCUUCCUGUGGCAACACAGUCACCAACACCACCUUCUCCUCUAUUCAGUGUAGACUUCCGCAGUGAUUUCUCUGAAAGUGUGAGUGGUACAAAAUUUGAAGAAGAUCAUCUUUCCCAUUAUUCUCCCUGGUCUUGUGGCACCAUAGGAUCCUGUAUAAAUGCCAUCGAUUCAGAGCCCAGAGAUGUAAUUGCUAAUUCAAAUGCUGUGUUAAUGGACCUGGACAGUGGAGAUGUUAAGAGAAGAGUGCAUUUAUUUGAAACUCAGAGAAGGACGAAAGAAGAAGACCCAAUAAUUCCUUUUAGUGAUGGACCUAUCAUCUCAAAAUGGGGUGCAAUUUCCAGAUCUUCCCGUACAGGUUACCAUACCACGGAUCCUGUCCAGGCCACUGCUUCCCAAGGAAGUGCAACUAAGCCCAUCAGCGUAUCAGAUUAUGUCCCUUAUGUCAAUGCUGUUGAUUCAAGGUGGAGUUCAUAUGGUAACGAGGCCACAUCGUCAGCACACUAUAUUGAACGGGACAGAUUCAUCGUUACUGAUUUAUCUGGUCAUAGAAAGCAUUCCAGUACUGGAGACCUUUUGAGCAUUGAACUUCAGCAGGCCAAGAGUAACUCAUUGCUUCUUCAGAGGGAGGCCAAUGCUCUGGCCAUGCAACAGAAAUGGAAUUCCUUGGAUGAAGGCCGUCACCUUACCUUAAAUCUUCUGAGCAAGGAAAUUGAACUGAGAAAUGGAGAGAGUGAUUAUACAGAAGAUGCAACCGAUACUAAGCCUGAUAGGGAUAUUGAGUUAGAGCUUUCAGCACUCGAUACUGAUGAACCUGAUGGACAAGGUGAACAAAUUGAAGAGAUCCUAGACAUACAGCUUGGUAUCAGUUCUCAAAAUGAUCCAUUGCUGAAUGGAACAGCAGUGGAAAAUGGCCAUCCAGUCCAACAGCACCAAAAGGAGGCCCUGGAGCAGAAGAGACAGAGUUUAGGUGAAGACCAUGUGAUUCUGGAGGAGCAAAAAGCAGUUCUGCCAGUAACUUCUUGCUUUAGCCAGCCACUCCCAGUGUCCAUUAGCAAUGCAAGUUGCCUCCCCAUCACCACAUCUGUCAGUGUUGGCAACCUCAUUCUGAAAACUCAUGUUAUGUCUGAAGAUAAAAACGACUUUUUAAAACCUGUUGCAAAUGGGAAGAUGGUUAACAGCUGAAAGGAGGUUCAUCUUUCAAAUUUGUGACCAUACCAUGGAAGCAUUUACACUAGCUUUUUAUAUAUAUAAUAUAUAUUAUAUAAUGUAUAUUUUUUUUAAAAAAAAAGAUAUUACUGGGGGCAUCCAUUUCCUGUGGACUCUUUGAUACUUCAAGCCCUCUUGCAUUAGCAUUAUGAAAAAAAAGAAAAUUUACUUUACUAGGGUAACACGUUCACUUUCCAGAAGUGAUUGGAAUUUGGACAUUUAACUUAAGCUUCAAGCAGCUUUUUAUGAGUUUGUAGCAAUCCGGUGCAGUAACUGAGCCAUUUCCUAUUUUAAAUGGCUUCUAUAGAAAAUUAACAACUCAGUUAUUAAACUAGCAGGAUCCUACAAUGAUACAUCUAGUGAAAGUAGACUUUAAUUAACUUAUUUAUUUCUAUUUUUUGUUUCACUGAGAGAAAUUUCCAUCUCAUUCCAGCUGCUUUAUUUAUCUUUUUCAUGGAACUUUGCAUGGAUUUUUUUUUUCUUUUUUCUUUUUUUUUUUUUUUACUUUGAAGAGUGGAGUUAGAUGUUCUUACCAUAGAAUUUUACAGGGUUAUAUACUAGCUUUCUUUACUGCAUUAUAUGUAGGAGUGUUGGUGCAGUGCUUUUAUCUGUAACAUUUAAAUUUUUUUUAAUUUUCCAUUUUUCAAGAAUAGUUUCUGCUUUGUUAAUAUUUAUACACAGGCUACUUGUUGAAGUAAGUAAUUAAAUAUAUAACCAAGUGCCUAAGUCUUUCAGCUGAUGUACUAGAUAUUAAAUUCUCCUAAGUUAUGCAGAAUCGUUUUUACAAUUUUGAUAAAUUAUGCACUAAUGUAAUGGCAGUUUUUUAAAAUGCAGAUUUAAGCCUGUACAUUAUUGAAUCUGAUGACUUGGCAAAAGAAUCAGGUGCUUUCAGCUUUCUUGAGAAAACCCUGUAUGUAGCGUUUGCACUGACUAACAAGAUGGUAUUGCUGGGUUUUUAAUUUAAACUAAUUAAUUUGGAUGUUCAUUGCAUUAUCUUGGUUAAAUAUUGUUUAUUGUUACUUCAUGUUGGGGUUUAAUUUUCCUUGUUUUCUGACUGUUAGGUUGAUAAGACUAUGAACCAUGUAAUAAGAGAACAUUGGCUAACCUGUAUUCAUACUUAAAAACAUGAAUAAUUUCUGCCCUGCUAAAAUGUGACUGAAAAGUGUUUUGACUUGGCAUCUGAAAGUAUGCAGUAUGUUCAACCAGCCAUGCCCCACAUCUGUGGGAGAUAUUUUAUAGAAACCUAAGUUUCAGUCAACCUUUGAAAACAAAAGCUGGGCAUUCCUUCCUGGUAAUCUUACCUAUAGUUUGUCUCUUUGUUUUUCCCCCAUUUCUUUAAGAUUGGUUUGACUUUUAUUAUUAUUUUUUUAAUUAACUUCUGUGAAGUUGUUUACUCUGAAAAUUGUACUGGAAUAUUUUAAGCCAAGCUGAUCUUUCACCAGGUGUACUGUAUGUAAGGGCUUUUCCUGCUAGCAAGAUGCUUAAACAGGAUCAUGUUAUUGGUCGUCUGAGCUAUUUAGUUGUUUUACAAAACCACAGCAUUGUAUCAGAUAAGAUUUUGAUAAAAAGUUUUGUGCACAUUUCCAGGGGCGGGAGGGUUGACAUUUCCCUGAAAUUUCUUGAUCAGAAUGAGUAAAUACUGGUGUUUGAUACCUGUCUUAAUGAACAUGCUCAUAAGGUGACUGAUAAGUUGUAAAUAUACCUGAGAAACAAAGGGGUAGUUUUGAUAUUCUGGUGUCAGUAUGGAAGAUCUUACACAUUUAUUUAAUACUCAGAUGUAUGAAGAUGUUUGUUUGUAGCAUAACAGCACAGUAGCCUUGACUUAGUUUCCUUCGGUUAGUACUGUACCUUUUUGCCAUGGCCAGUGCUCCCUAUCCCUACAAAGACAUUUUAUUUAUUUCACUCUGUAACCUGAAAUGAAUAGGAACAAGAGUUUUAAACCAUGUUACAUUAACUUAUUUCUGACAUUAUAAAUUAGCCUAGGAUAUUACAGGAACAUGAUUGUUAUAUAAUUUAUAUCAAAACAUUUCUAUAAAUACGCGCUUAUUACAUUUGAAAUGCUUCCAAUGUACUUUAUUUGCUGUUUGUAUUUCCAAAAAGGAUAUGCAAACCAGUAUGUCUAUUUCAUGGAUAUUUAAAUAGUGAGAUCUUCCAUGUUGAAGGUAAUGUAUUUUUUUUUAAGAUUUUAAAAUUGCUAUUUUGUUACAAAAUAGAGACCUAUUAACAGUUCGAGAGCUCCUUAUGUGCCCUCAGGGAAAGAACCCUCUGUGCAACAGAACUACGCAAAACAUCUUCAGCACGUUCUGAGGGUGAAUAUAUACUACAUAAAUUGAUCUUGUGUAUUUAACCUUAUCUUUUUAAUUUUAAAAUUGAAAUUUUGAAACUUGGUUGUGCUCUGUUGGAGGGGGUUGGGAUAAACUGCUUAGGUGUUUGCCUACUUGUCCAGUGAAAUUACAUUUGCAUCAGUGUAUGUAUAUACCUGCCGACCUUAUUGAUAUGUCUCAGAACAUUUAUAUUAAAAUAAUGCUCGUCUUGCAGCAGGUGAUCCCAUAAAACAAUAACUCCCUGUUAAAAACUUACUCUUUUUCUCACUAACAACAUAGGAAUUGUUUCUGUAUUGGGAUUAUUCUGUAUUGCAUCCUUUAUGUGGUGGCCAUCUUCUGUUUCUCAGAGUGGGUUUAAUGUGAAGUAAAGACAUUGGUUUUCUGCCACUUCAGAGGAAAGAGCAGUUUAUCUGUUCCUUCUUCAAAAUGGUACCUACUGAUGUCAUAGAGGAAAAAAUUACAAAUCAGACCUAAGAUGUGACUUUUUAAAAUUGGGAGCAUUCUGUGUCAUUUGACCUGUUUACCAACAUGUUAUGAUGUACUUAUGUUUGAAACCAAAGGAUAUAAAGCAGUAGAAGAGGAAAUUUGUAAUGUUGGUAAUAACUAAACUGCGUAUGUUGCCUAUUGUCUAAUUAGGAAAAGGUAGUCUGAGGUCUAGCAAGUGGGGAAACGGUGGGUUUUUGUUCUUUGUGUGUUUUUUCCCCACUUUUUAUGUUUUUGUUUUUCAAUUUCUAAGUCCUAUUGUGAAGUCCAUGUGCCUCAUUUAGAUACUGUGAAGGUAGCACCAGUACUUCUCUUUUGUGGUCUCAUUUCAUUUUCUAAAUUCUGAGAAAGUUACAUAUGUAUUUCAUCUAGUUGGUACCUGAACAAAGCAGAUUCCCUUGCCUUUGCUGCCAUGACUUACUUUCAGUACUAUCUGAUAAAGCAGUGUCAUGCAUGAAAGUUGUGCAUUGUAAUUUUCAAGAGAAGGGACUUCAUUGGGCCAGUGACACUGAUUUUUUUCUUAGUAGCUAUUUACUCUCAUAAAAGAAUAGUAAAAGAAACCUCCUAUACUAGAACUAAAAUUUUCCAUUUGUAUGGAUCUAGUCACUUUCACUCAAAUUCCAAGUUGAUGCUAAGUAUGUAAAGUACAUCCCAAUUUUAUAUGCUCCUUUGAGAAAAUUACGGGAUGCACAGCAGUGUAGGAAUUUAAAAUGGGAUCGUUUAAACAUUUGGAAACAUUGUUUUAAAAACCAUCUAGCUUGCUUUUGCAUUUUAGAUGUUAAAGCCCAUGUUGUCUUGUUAACAGGGGUGGGAUUUUUAAUGAUCAGAUUCAGCAUGUGAUUUCAACUUUUGAGUAUUUCUUCCCUAGCUUCUUUUGAGCCAUUUUCUGAGCAGACUGUCACCAGUAUUGGUAACUAAUCAUUAAAGGGAAAAGUUGCGUUGUAUGUAUUAGUUUCCUGGAAGAACUUUUCUUGUGUUUUAGUGAAUGAAGAGUGUUGAUGGGAUCACUUACUGUAACUCUUACAUAAGAACCCCUUCUGCAAGCAGACCACAAAUGAACAUGCUCAAGGAGUAUCCCAUUUUCUGGAUAAAUUGAAUAAAUUUGCUUGUUACUCCUUUAUACUAACGAUUUCUUUGUAUCCCUUUGCUGGCAAGGGAAUACAAGGAGUCAAGGCCACUGAUCAGAACACCCCACAUUUGAGUGGAGUCUUAUUUCUACUCCAAGAGCAGUUAUUCCCCCAAGUCCAAAAUUGGCAGUUUUUUCUUUUUUUAAAUAAAAAUUUAAAAAUAUCCUCAAACCAGUGGAACAUAGACACUGGCUGCACUUAGUACUGCCAAAAGCCAAGGUCAUUUGCAUAUAUUCCAUCAAUCUGUCAAGAAUUAGGCCUCACUUUAUAACCCAAGGCAUGGAAGUGCAUGCAUUCUCUUAGCUGGGCAAACAAUUAUACUGUAGUUGUGAUACAACACAUGUGGCUUUUAUUUGUACUGCACAUAUCCACUGUACAGCCACUUGGGAGUAUCGUGGUUAGCUUGCAGCAACUGCUGUCUGCAUUUAUACUGUUUAUUGCAUAUUCUUUUCCCUGGAAGUGAAAGAGAAAUGUUUUUCUUGUUGCAUUGAUUACAUUUUAUAAAUUUGCUUAGCUGGAAAGUUUGGGAAAAGAGGCCUGUUUGUCAAUUGUACAACCGAUUGUGAAGCUCUAGUGUGAAUAUUUUUACGUCUGUAUUAGACAUUUUCUUUGCAAAUCUAUUGUUCGAUUGAAAUGUAAAUGAAAUUAAAGAUGGUGUACACCCAUCAUGUAAAAAGCAGGCACCAUCUCUAAGAUGGAUUUAAUGCUCAUUUUUAAGGCAUAUACUCAGCUUCUAUUUAAAACUAUAAUUUAAAAUAAUUCUGUACAAUGAAAUGGGGAAUAUAUAUGGGAAUAAAUUCUAUUCCAUUUAUUUCAAUUUGAAUUUCCAAAUUGUAUUGUUUCCCUUUGUGCUAUAGGAAUAGGAUUAAAUGGGGGAAGGCUAGGAUUAUAAGGCCUGUAUCUGGGGGGAGGGCAGAGAUGGAACAAUGAGGGUUGUGAUGAUAGUGAAUAGCAAAGAGUGAAUUCUGUGUGUUUUUGCUGUAGCACUGAAGUGAAGAGAUAUUAGCUUUGGCUGUUCACAGAAUAGAGCAUCAUGAUUUUCAGUGUUUGAGAGAAAAUUGAUGGAAAAAGUUUGCAGUACUUGACAUGUAUUUGCAUGCACAAAAUAAAAUUAUUUGUCCACCUUAAAAGUUGUUUGUUACUGUCAAUAUUAAGUUUAUGGUGCAUUUUAGUUAUCUUGAUUUCCUUGGUAUAUUUUUUGGCUUAAUUAAGCUACCAGAAUACUCCUUAAGUUGAGAUUUAAAGAAAUCACCUGCCUCAUGCAUACUUCAUUGGGAAGGAUCUGAAAGAAAUUAAUGGACUAGGGAGGAUGAAAUACUUGUUAAUUUGAUGAGUCACUUCAUUUGUUCAAUAUAGAGUACUUUUAUAUGGGAGAUGAAGACAGAUAAUACUAGCAGUUCACAGUCUAGUGGAGAAAAUAGGACAAAUACGUAAAUAAUACAAAGCAGUGUAUUAUAGAAGUAUGAAGACAGUUCUGUGGAACCUCAGAAUAUGAACAGAGAAUGCCCUGAGUGGAUCUAGAUAUCAUUUUCACUGGACCUUGAGUAGUCUGUACAUUCACUCAGCUGAUAUAUUUUAAAGCCCUGUCUGUACUGGUCAUUAAGGUUAAAGGUCAAUGAAACAUAAGCCCUUUCUCUAGAAGCUAACAGUGUGGAAAAUGGGAAAGACAAAUCUGAAUAACUAGCUCAGGGAGCUAUGUUCUGACGUAGGGUGUGUGGAAACUCCAAAAGUGAGAUUAUGAGGUGGAUGGUAGAGGUGGCGAGCCAGAGGAGGUACUUUGAGAAAUGACCUCAGGCUAGACUUUGUAGGCUGAAUAACAUUUCACCAAGGAGAGAUAAGGGGAGAAAACACCCUGAGCACUUACUCUACCUUCAGAACAACCCACUCUAUCUUAAUAGUCCUUCAUAAUAAUAGAUAUUAUGGUCCCUAUUUUAUAUUUGAGAUGUUAAGUAACUUCCUCAAGACCUUGUAACUAGAAAGUAGUGGAGUCAGAAUUCUGAUUGAAGUCUGUCCUUGUUCUACCUCCCAAAGGUGGUGAUGGUGGUGGAUGGAACCUAUUUUAGCCAUAAGUGUUAACAGUGGAAAGAGUGUUUAAGAAAUAGCUUAACUAACUCUUAGAGCACUUAAUAUGUUCCAGACACAGUUUUAAAUGCUGUAGGUAUAUUGUAAUCUAGGACCGUUAUUGUCACCAUUUUACAGAUGAGAAAACUGAGGUAGAGACUGUAAAAAAUUUGCCUAAGUUUACACAGCUAAAUGAGGUAGGGACCUCUGUGAAGGACAUUGAAUACCAUACUGAAGAGACCAUUAGGGAGUCUUGGAAGUUAGAUGACCCAAACAAUUUGGGGUUUUAGCAAGAUCACUUUGGCAGUAGAGUGAGGUGAAGCUGGAGAUAGACCAACAGGGAGGCCAGGUCGACAAUCUAGGUAAGCAGUGUUUAGAGCAUGGCGAAGUGGAGAUGCCGGGAAAAGAUGAAUUUGACACGUAGGAGAGAGCAAUUGACGAGAUUUGUUGUAGAGGGAAUGUAUUAGACACCUACACAUUAUAGUGAAUUAAAUUUGGUUUAGAAUCCCAGACCUUCUUGCCGGCAACAGACCGACAUUUGUGAAACAUGUAAUCUUGUAUAAGCCCUGGAGUGACUACUGAGAUCAGGAAGAAGAGGAAAAACCAUGGAUAGUUGAUCCAGGCAAAGGAGAAGAAACUUAACAAAGGAAAUGAAAUUCCAGGAAGAUUUUAUUCCCUUUAUAGUUAAUACCUAUUGAAAUAAUUAUCAUGCACUUAGAUUCUUUGUAAUUGAAAACUCCAUGGUGUGGUAGUUCCAAACUCACCUGCACAUUGCAAUCACCUAGGGAUAUUUUAAAAAUCCUAAAGCCCAGAUAACACUCCAGACUGAUUAACUCACAAUCGCUGAGGGUGGGACCAAGGCAUCAGUACUUUUGAAGCUCCCCAUGUGCUUCCAAUGUGCAGAAAAGUUUGGGAAUCAGUGCCAUAAUGAGUGAAAAUGGGUUGGGGGCCUGUCUUAGCCCAGGUGCACUAGAUGACAUCCAUCAUCAAAUGUUCAGGCCCAUAUGGUCUUUUCAGACUCAUUCAACAAAUAUUUUUUUGAGAAUCUGUGUCCCAGCCAUUAGGGAUACAGGAGUGAACUAGUCCCCUAACUUCAUGAAACUUACAGUUGGAGAGACAGACAAGAAAUAAAUAAAAGGUGAAUUUAGAUAAUGAGGAGUAAUACAACCAGAACAAAUAUAAUGCCAGAUGAUGAGAUUUUAUAAGGUGGGAGUGGUAAUUCUCAGCACUGUGGACAGUUUUAGAUAAGCCAGUCUACCAAACAUCUCCAUUUGGUUCUCUAAUAAACACCUCAAACUUAACAUAUCCAAAUCUGAGUUUCUGGUGUCUCCCCAAACUACCCUUUCAGUCUUCCUCAUUUCAGUUACUUCCGCCCUUGGCUACUCUCACUCGCACCUAGUCCAGCAGCAAAUCCUGUCAGCUCUACCUUCAAAAUAUAUUCAGAAUUUGACUACUUCUCACCACCUAGGUACAACCCACAACUCUCUCUCUCUCCUGAAUUGUAAUAGCCUCCUGUUCUCCCUGCUUCUGCCCUCGCCUCCGUUCAGCUUAUUCUCAUCACAGCAGCUCGAAUGAGCUCAUUAAAAUGUUAAGUCUGAGCAUUUCACUCCUGUGCUCAAAACCCUUCAAAUGCUUCUCAUCUCACUCUGAGUGAAAGCCCAAAGUCUUUUCUUUGAAACUCCCUGUGCUCCAGCCACACUGGCAGCUCUGGUGUUCUCCACCAGGCCGGGCACACUCCCAUCGCAGGGCCUUUACACUUGCUGUAAGGAUAGAAGGCUUCCCCCACCCCCAUCGGAUAUCUUCAUGACUAGAUCUCUCACUUUCUUCAGGUGUUUACUCAAAAGUCAACCUCAGUGAGAACUGCAUGAAGAAUAAUAGUGGGGGAGGGAGGUGCUAUUUAGAAUAGGUAUUUUAACCCAAGAAACAGAUCAACUAAAGAAUUUUUUAACUUUAUCUUCUGAAAUAAUUAUGGAGUCACAGGAAGUUGCAAAAAUAAUAGAGAGGACCCAGGUAUCCUUUACACAGUUUCCCCGAUGUAGCAUCUUAUAUAACUAUAGUAUAAUAUCAGAACCAGAAAAUUGACAUUAGUAACAAUCUGCAGACCUUAUUCACAUUUCACUGGCUUCACAUGCACUCAUUUGCCUGUGUGUGUGUGUGUGUAGUUCUAUGCAAUUUUAGCACAUGUAGAUUUGUGGAACCACCACUGUUCUCAAGAUAACAGAACUGAAAAAAAAGAUAACAGAAUUGUUCCAUCACCUCAGUGAUCCCUCGAGCUUCUCGUUUGUAUUCACAUCCAUUCCCCUCCCUUACCCCCAUUCUCCCAUCCCUAACUCCUGGCAACCACUAAUCUGUUCUCCAUCUCUAUAAUUUUGUCAUUUUGAGGAUGUAUAAAUGAAAUUAUACAGAAUGUAAUCUUUUGAGAUUGGCUUUUUUCAUGCAGCAUAACUCCCUUGAGAUCCAUCCAAAUUGUUACAUGUAUUAAUAAUUUCUUCAUUUUGGUUGCUGAGUAGUAUACCAUGGUAUGGAUGUACCACAUUUUGUUUAAACAUUCACCCAUUGAAGAGCAUGUGGAUUGUUUCAAAUUUUUGGCUAUUACAAAUAAAACUGCUAUGAACAUUUGUAUACAUGUUUUUGUGUGGAC